AUGUUUGAACUAGACAUGCAAGGGGUAAGCGGUGAUGCCGAUUCGGAAAUCAUAUAAGGCGCGUGCGUUCUACAUCUCAGCGGGCCUCCUCGCAGAAAACCCGCAUUUCUUGUCUGUAGGCCCUCUAGACAAGAAAUGCGCAUUUUCUGUCUAAAAUAGAGACAAAAUUUGCAAAACUUGUCUGAGAUAACAGACAAAAGGCCUGGCUGUUAGCCUGGACGAAAACCUGAAAAUGUUGUCUGGACUCCAGACAAGAAACGAGGAAUCCUGUCUGGUAGUCAGACAAACUUUUUUGUCUGACAGAAACGGAAAAUCCCGUAAAAAUCUUUAUCCACAAAAAGUUUCCAUUCUCCUCUCCGUGGAGUUGCAUUUCACAGCCCAGGUUCUACGACGGAACUUGUCCGAACGACGAAAUCCAAGGCCAACGACCGUCGUCGCUGACCCCGAUCACGGUGAAGGACAUGCUUCGCCUUGGAACCUCGGCGUUCCUUGAGACUGUUAUCGUUUCUGGCCGAAAGGCCGAACUCCAACAAAUUCGAAAAAAACAUUGCCCGUACAAGCAAAGAAAAUUUUCUCGCUCAGAAAAGAAAUGGGUUCCUCUCAUGAGCGAGAAACCCAGAGCCGAGAAACGCAGAGAAAAAAACAAAAACGCACGCAAAAAGCGUGAGUGAGAGGGCACUUUUGAACGCGAUUUUUUCUCUGCGUUUCUCGCUCAUGAGAGGAACCCAUUUCUUUUCUGAGCGAGAAAGUUUCCUUUCGUCAAUCGAGCAAAGUGUCCUUCGAAUUUGUUGGUCUUCGGCCUUUCGGCCAGAAACGAAAACAGUCUCACGGAACGCCAAAGUUCCAAGGCGAAGCAUGUCCUUCACCGUGAUCGGGGUCAGCGACGACGGUCGUUUGCCUUGGGUUUCGGUGUUCUGACAGCUGCGCCGAAGAACUCGUGGUCUGACGUGCAACAAGGUAGUCCCAGGAAAGAAGCGCGAUGAAAAGUUUUUUGUAGACGAAAGUUUUCUUGUCUGGCUACCAGACAGGAUUUCGCAUUUCUUGUCUGAAGUCCAGACAAAAAAAUUGUCUGCUUCCCAGACAACUUUUGCCUACUUCUUGUCUGGCUUUGGACAAGAAUCGCCAAUUCUCGUCUGGACCGAAAAUAAUUUGGACGGAAAACUGCAAUUCUUGUCUAGAGGGCCCACAGACAAGAAAUGCGGGUUUUCUGCGAGGAGGCCCGCUGAGAUGUAG